CCCGCGCUUCUUCCGCCCGCUGCCCCUCUCAACUUCCAAGCUCUUCCCCCUGCCCCGUACUAAAUGCCUCCCUUCUUCUCUUACACCACUCUCCCCUAUCAACUCAUGGAGAACCCUUAUCCUAUGCGCGAGUUCUCGGAGUAUCUGGUGGAGCUAACUGAUGUGGAACCGCUGCCCUUCGCAGACGAAGACGCGUGGGAGUUGCACCGUGCGCUGUACAAGUCGGCGGUGUUGGGGAUGUUCCGAUUCUUCGUGGAUCACGAAGACCACUGCAUCGGGGAGCACUUCGUUGUCUACUACGUCAUCACACUGCCCAAGCCGGCGCAGAAGGAGGGGACGGUGGCGCUGUACCCAUUCGCCCAGCUCCAGACGAUCGAUCAGGGAUUGUUGGAGCUCAUACAUCUUGAGCUCCUCUCCAUUGCGCAAGUGAUCGCGAGCGAGGAAGAGGAGAUCCAGCCACGAUUGUGGACGACGACGGCCCCGCGGAGAACGUACAAAGCGGUCGUCAUCCCGGAUUACAUUGCGCAGCGCGCGGAGAGGUUGGAGGACUUCCCGGAGGAAAAGCCAUUGCGCAGCGCGCGGAGAGUUCCUCCGAGCCGGACGGUCCAUCCGACAGAGGUGGAUUUCAUGGUGGAGCCCACCACCAUCAGGCUCGAGGCCAUCGCGGGGGCGCCGCGCCGUGAUCCGGCGUGGGAGCCAUAUCUGAUACCCCCUUUUCAAGGGUGUAUUGCGGCGCGACUGGCUGGGACGCUCAUCUACGAGACCGGGCAGCGUCCCAAUGUGAUGUACCGCUUCCUUAUCUUCGCGGAGCAGAAGCGGGAGCGGCGGCCUUACACCGAGACUCAUGUGGUGAUGACGGGUCCAGGGCCCAGAUCGGUGCGCAAGCGGGUGGUGCGAGCGGUGGCGGAUCUGGCGCCACGUGUCCUGUCUCAUGUGCCGGGGGCCUUCCUCUAUCCCUCGUUCGUCCAACACCACUUCCAUGAGGAAGAUGCGCCGACGACUCCCGCGGCAAUGGCCGCUUUUCUUCCACCUAUUCCGCCCCCUCUUAAUCCCGACAUCGAUCACUUCCUCUGAUCACCCUCGUCUACCUCUCCCCGCUUCUCUCCUUCUCCUUCUCUUCAUCAUCUUCUUCUCCUAUGCCCAAAGUUCGCG